AUGGGAGGCGGAGAGAGGUACAACAUUCCAGUGUCCCACCCAGAGCGCCCAUUGCCCAAGAAGAACCAUCAACUGGGCCGGGCCAAGCAGAGAGUUGUCCGCGAUCAGAAUGGAGUGACAACAGUACCAUCCUCAGGGGCGGCGGGAGGUCCUCACCAACAUGGCCACCGCAAGGGCUUAGCCUACCCCUGGUUUCCAGAGGCGCGGCUGGCCGCGUCGGCUGAGAAGAAUAACGCUUCUGUCCGUUUUGCCAACGCCUACGAUCAGAAUUGGGAGGGCGCUGUGUCCCACCUGAACACACUUCUAGCUGCCCAGUGUGGCGGCCCAAGCUAUGCAGGGGCCAAGUUCAGCGAGCCACCCUCCCCCAGUGUGCUGCCCAAGCCCCCCAGCCACUGGGUCCCCAUGGGUACCCGUGACAGCAGGGAGAUGAUGGCCUUCCAGCUGAAGAGCCUCCUCAAGGUACAUGCCUAG